AAUUGACAAUGCAGCUAUAAUGAGAUAAGAAUUGAACUUAACGUCACUUUCAAUUACACCGGCCUCUGUGAUUCUGAAUGCUCCUGCUGUCCGUUUCUGCUUGUUCUUAGGAUAAGAUCUAGAGAAUAUCGGAUGCAGGAUGACCCUACUGCUCCUGUUAGCUCUUCAAUUCCAUUCCUAGAAUACAUUUUCUAUCCUCCUUAAUGAACAUGCAGCCCACCAUUUUCAUUUCAGAAGAAAAGAGGAAAAAUCCCCUUCAUACCCCAUCUCCUCUGUUUUCUCCUUCGUUUACGCAAUCGGAUCCAAUCGCAAGUCGAAAGUUGGAACCCAUUUUUCCUUCAGGACAUUCUACAAUUGGGCUCUUUCUCAUUCGUUCUGAUUGUUGAAAAGGCUACGGGGUUUUCUUCUUCCUUCUGGGUUUUGAUAUGUCAAGUUUGCUACUGGUACUGCUUGUAUUUCUAUGGCGUCGGUGUCCGGGUAGAGCAUCAAAAGCUGUGAAAAGUGAAAAAUCCCUUUGUUGUCGCUGGAGAAGUAGAAUUUCUUCUCGCAAAGGCCUCCACUUCGAUCCAAAGAUUGGGGCUUUGAGAUUGUUGGGGUGAACGGUGAGUUGGUUUACCCUGUUUUAACCUCUUAUCUUAUUUGGGAUUGUUGGGGUGAACGUUACCAACAAUUUUCUCAUUGCUCUUGCUUCGAUUGAUUUGAGACUGCUUACCAGAAAGAAAUAAAGAAUACUGUCUGCUUGCUUACAUCACAUGCUUAAUUUAUGUUCUAAUGCCUUCAGCUUUGCUGGGAUGUCUUGUGUAGCCCUUUGGAAUGUGAUAUACUCUGUUGUAUGAUCCAAGUUCCUAUCUUUAUUUACUGGGCUUGUUCCAUAUUGUUCUCUUGUCUUGUUCCAUAUUAGGUGAAGAGAUAUACCGUGAAUGUUUCAUUUUGUUAGAAACUUCUUUUACUGUUUUCUCAGUGCACUUUUGGCAAUAAAUAUCAAUUCUGAGCCUUGAUGGCCUGCUGUUUAUUGGGGAUAGCUUUCAUCCCUUACCAGAGUAUUUGGAAUUAUGCCUGUUUGUCUCAUCUUCUUAUCACGUUAUCCCUUUGUUUCUUUCCUUCUUCUAUUUGCAUAUGCUGCCUGCUUGCCUCCUUGGUCCUGACUUACCUUCAACUACCCCUCUUUUUUACUCCUACUGCAGUGGACUUGAAUAGCCAGUGCGAAAACACUUUGUAUAUGUGCCUUCCUGUCUUCUACUGUUCCCUCUACUUGCCACUGGACUUGAAAAGCCAGUGGAGUUUAGAUUCCUUUGCUCAAUCGUGCUACUGCUCUUGCUUGUAUGUAGUUCUAUUAUAUUGAUUUUCAGGGAUUUGAGUUUCAUCAAUGUGACUUUAUGAGUUUUUGCCUGCAGCGGAUAGGAAUAGCAUAUGAACUGACUGGCUGGACAUGAUGGAAGCAUUUUGUUGAAGGUUGGAAAGAGUAGGGAUUGAUUGAUCAAUUCGUUUCUUCAGCUUUUGUUAUGGAGAAAACAUCUAAUGGAUAUACUAUGCCAAAGGAAAAUGGCCAUAAGCCUUCUUGAAGUCAAUGGUGUUAGGACACUCAUAGAUUCAGACGGAGCAUCCACCCUCCUUCGAAGAGACCGGCUGGAUAAGAAGUCUGAGGAAGCUACAUUCGUUAGCACAGACAAUGUGAGGACGACAGGUAGCAUGAGGUUCAAUGUUUUCAAUAACGAUACGUUGAUAUUACGCGGGGAGUUGGAACUGAGAAACAAUUCUCAUCAGAGAUGGAGCAUGAAGUGCGAGUCAGACAUUGUGGCUACUUGCAGCAGCAGCACCAGCUUCCCGAAACCGAAACAGUUUAUGGGUUCAGAAUCACCGAGCUCGCCUAGGAUCGAGGUCUAUGUUGCAGGAUCAUUCUUGGGGAGCCCAAUUAUCUUAACCAAGGCUUUGCAUCUCAAUGUUUAUGCGAACAGAACGAUUAUAGGAGGAUUCAUGAAUUCUAUACCUGAACAUGGUGAGAAUGUUGGGACUCUUGUGGAGAAUGGGCCAUCCAACUGGCUUCAUCUACAGUCAGCAGAAUCCCCGUAUGUACAGAAGCCAGACCAUGAAGAAGGGUACAAUGAUGCCUACCGGGGGAUGGAUUACCACUACAUGGAGGAAGGUGAAGACGGGGAGCUGUCGUGGUUCAAUUCUGGUGUUCGAGUUGGUGUUGGGAUCGGAUUGAGCGUUUGCCUUGGGAUCGGUAUAGGUGUAGGGUUGCUGGUUAGAACAUACCAAGGCACAACUGGUAACCUCAGGAGGAGGCUAUUCUGAUUAUGGAAGUUAGCAGCGACAAUCCACUAUGGAAAAGGCCAACUUCUUGUUUCUGUUAUCGAAUUUUAGUACUUAGACGUUGUUAGGAAAACCAUUUUGAUGCCAUCAGUUUGACAUAUGCAGAAGUCGUUUUCAUUGUGGAUUUUGGGUGACUAUGAUGUGAGUGGUUGAUUUUCAUGAUUUCAAAAUCACCCUGAUUUCUUCUCGACAACCCAAUGCAACCAAUUCAAUAGGACUUGAUGAAGGAGAGAUGUUCUUAGUGACAGAGCAUUCAAGAGUUCUGUUCUACCAAAGCCAAUACUAAUAAUAUUCACAAACUCGUUCAACAAUACUUUCACACGUAAUCAUUAUCUAUUUAUCUUUAGUUCUUUACUCUAAGAACCAUUCAUAAUGAUUCUUAUUGGAAGAUUAGUGUCAUGUGGAGAUUUGAAUAUAACACUUUGUUGAAAAAACAAAACAAACGAGAGCUCAAAUAAACUACUACUAGUUUUUGACCCGGUCUGAUGGCCGGAAAUUUUCAUUUUAUAAUUUAUAUAAAUUAAUUUAUCUAUAUGUUUAAAUUUUUUUUAAAAUUCUAAUUUUUUAUGCUCUCACUUCAUAUGUGAGUAUUCGAUAUGAUUAAUAAUUCUCAAUACUUAGCACGCUUAUUGAUGAUGUUUCGAUUCUCUAAUCAUAAAUCAUAUUGUAAGGGUUUAUCACGUCCCAUUAGAGCUGGGAAAAUAGACCAGACCGUUAGAAAAAUCGUUAUCCAAAUGGUACCGCACAAUUUGGUCUGGACCGUAGACCGUUAAAUAUGGUAUGGUCUGGUCUGGUCCAUGACUCCAUUAUUAAUUUAUGUUUUGAUUUCUUGGUCUAGUUUGGUCUAGAUCGCGAUUUACCGGACCAAACCGUGGACCCAACCGACUUGUCAAUACAUGUUAACAGCCCAUUCGACCACUCUCCCAACUCCCAUAACGACACCCAAGUCUCAACCUUAGUUUUGUGAAUCUCGUCCCUUUUUCAUUCACAACCACAUUUAACCAGAGAGUAGAGAUAAUUGUGUCUCCAUAUGACAUUAUAUUAAUGUUUAUAACGUUAUGGUGCAAGUUGGGAUGCUUUUGCUUUGUAUCUUUGUUAUGUACUAAGAUUUAGGGUAUCAAAAUUAUUCAUGCAUGUUAGGAUUAAUGUGUUAAGGCAAAUAACAAUUAUUUUUCUUGGUUAUUGGUUCAAUUUUUUGUGUGGUUGACUAAACAAAUUAUUCAAUUUUCGUUGAGUGUGGUCUAUCUGGACCAGGCCAGACCGAACCAGACCACACAGGCGUGGUAUGGACCGGACCGUAUAGUCUGUGGUCUAGUCUAUGGUCUAUACUUCAGCCUCUCGGUCUGGACCAUAGACCGUAUAUAUGACCAGACCGCACCGUUUCCCAGCCCUAAGUCCCAUUUAAAAUAGUACAUAAAGAUUUGUCAACCAAAGUGUUCCCAUUUAUUAUCUUAUGAAACAUAUAAUAAUUUCUGAUUCUCGAGCUAGGACAUAUUCUCAACCGAUUAUUAAGAGUUCAGAUUAUUGGAUAAAUAUACUUGAACUACUCGAUAAAUUGUGUAUAUCCCGAGUGAAACGUUGACACUACCCCUUACGAUGAUCAACUUCUCUAAUAUUGACUCAUUUUCAUGGGAAUGUUCAUGAAGUUUCGGCUAACGAUCUUAUGAAAAAAAUUGUCUAUCAAGAGACUCAGAUUUAGUAUCUUAUAUGUAGAGUAAAUACAAUUUAUUAGUCAAAUCUUUUAAACUUUUCAAAUUAUCAACCAACCUUUCAAAAUACAAAGUAUUAGCCAAACGUUAACUCCAUGUUAGCAUUUUUAUUAGUAAUAUUGACUCAACAACAUGAGGAAGAGUUGGAAGAGACACAUGACGGUCUAUAUUCCAAUUUAGCAUUUUAAUUAAGAAAUGAGUUACAAAAUU